AUGAAGUACAUUGAUGUUUUGUUGCACUCCACUUCAAGCACCAUUGCCUUGCUUCACAAUCACUCUGUUUCUUGCCGCUCCCUUACCUCCAUCUUACCCAUCCCCUCUUUUCCUAAAACCACUCCCCCUACCUCCCCCCCUGGCCUUUUCCUCCCCUUCCCUCCACCCCUGGCCUUUUCCUCCCCUUCCCUCCCCCCCUGGCCUUUUCCUCCCCUUCCCUCCCCCCCUGGCCUUUUCCUCCCCUUCCCUCCCCCCCUGGCCUUUUCCUCCCCUUCCCUCCCCCCCUGGCCUUUUCCUCCCCUUCCCUCCCCCCCUGGCCUUUUCCUCCCCUUCCCUCCCCCCCUGGCCUUUUCCUCCCCUUCCCUCCCCCCCUGGCCUUUUCCUCCCCUUCCCUCCCCCCCUGGCCUUUUCCUCCCCUUCCCUCCCCCCCUGGCCUUUUCCUCCCCUUCCCUCCCCCCCUGGCCUUUUCCUCCCCUUCCCUCCCCCCCUGGCCUUUUCCUCCCCUUCCCUCCCCCCCUGGCCUUUUCCUCCCCUUCCCUCCCCCCCUGGCCUUUUCCUCCCCUUCCCUCCCCCCCUGGCCUUUUCCUCCCCUUCCCUCCCCCCCUGGCCUUUUCCUCCCGUUCCCUACCCCCCUGGCCUUUUCCUCCCCUUCCCUCCCCCCCUGGCCUUUUCCUCCCCUUCCCUCCCCCCCUGGCCUUUUCCUCCCCUUCCUUCCCCCCCUGGCCUUUUCCUCCCCUUCCCUCCCCCCCUGGCCUUUUCCUCCCCUUCCCUCCCCCCCUGGCCUUUUCCUCCCCUUCCCUCCCCCCCUGGCCUUUUCCUCCCCUUCCCUCCCCCCCUGGCCUUUUCCUCCCCUUCCCUCCCCCCCUGGCCUUUUCCUCCCCUUCCCUCCCCCCCUGGCCUUUUCCUCCCCUUCCCUCCCCCCCUGGCCUUUUCCUCCCCUUCCCUCCCCCCCUGGCCUUUUCCUCCCCUUCCCUCCCCCCCCGGCCUUUUCCUCCCCUUCCCUCCCCCCUUGGCCUUUUCCUCCCCCUCCCUCCCUCCUUCGCAGUGCACCUGAUGUCAACAAAGGGUGGAAAGGCUCGGUCAGUAUUGGUGUCCGGCAUGUGGUAA